AUGACAUUUUUCAGAACACAUAGUUAUAUCAAUUUUGAUUACUUAAUGUAUAAUGAAUGCUUGCCCCGAGUAGACCAAGUAGAAGAUUUAGGAUUCACAUUAGUACCAUCCUUAUCUUUUAGUAUUCAUGUUGAGCAUAUCAAUUGCAAAGCGCUACGUACACUGGGUUUUAUUCGCCGGAAUGCGUCGAACUUUGAUCAAGCUAAUUGCUUAGUAACAUUAUAUACAUCAUUGGUGAGGUCAAUUUUAGAAUACGGCUCUGUUUUAUGGUCCCCCUACACUCAGAAAGACAUCCAAAGGAUUGAAAAGGUUCAAAACCGAUUUUUUGCGUUUGCUGGGUAUGUUUUAAAAAUUACUCACCCUCCUCAUGAUUACUCAUCAGUAUCGAAAUUUUUAAACUUAUCUAACCUUGAAAUUAGAAGAAAUAUGCUAGAUAUACGAUUCUUAAAUAAUUUAGUUUUGGGGAAGACCGAUGCAAGCAGUCUACUCGAAAGGGUUAAAUUUCAUAUACCCAGAAACGGGUCCCGCAGUAAAAUAAUGUUUGAAAUCAGUACUCGUAGAACAAAUUAUCUUUGCAAUGACCCUAUCCAAAGAAUUAUGACUAAAAUUAAUUUAGACACAAGACUUUUGGAAUUUUAG